GAUGACCGCAUCGUUGAGAACGCGACAAACAAUGUGGAUAGACUGCCUUCAGCAGUUUGUUUAAAAAUGUAUUAGUGUGAUCUGUGAUAUGUCAAGCGGUGACGUUGGUCAGCCGAAUUUUGAAGGUUAUCAAGCGACAUAGAGUAUCAUUUUGAUGCGGUAGGUCGCCGUCUCGAUCGCUAUUCAUUUUCACUCUCUCGAGACGCUGCGUCCCAUCGGUGACGGUGAACUACCGUGCAGUAAAGGUUAGAUGCAACUUAAAGUAAUAAUAGAAUGGCUUCAGGUACAAUAUUGCAGAAAGCUAUAGAUCUGGUUACCAGAGCUACUGAAGAAGAUCGUAAUAAAAAUUACGAGGAGGCCCUUAGGUUGUAUGAACAUGCUGUUGAAUAUUUCCUGCACUCUAUUAAAUAUGAAGCACAAGGCGAUAGAGCUAAGGAAAGUAUAAGGGCAAAGUGUACACAAUACUUGGAAAGAGCUGAGAAGCUAAAAGCAUAUUUGAAGAAAAGUAAGAAGAAACCUGUAAAAGCGGGUGAAGAUAAUUCGAAAACUGAGGAUAAGAAGAGCGACAGUGGAGAUAGCGACACAGACAGUGAUCCAACAAAGAAGAAACUUCAAAGUAAAUUGGAAGGUGCGAUAAUCAUUGAAAAGCCAGACAUUAAGUGGAGCGAUGUCGCUGGUCUUGAUGGAGCCAAGGAAGCUUUAAAGGAAGCAGUUAUUUUACCAAUACGUUUUCCCCAUCUUUUUACUGGAAAACGGAUACCAUGGAAGGGCAUCUUGUUAUUUGGGCCACCAGGCACUGGUAAAUCUUAUCUGGCAAAGGCUGUUGCAACUGAAGCUAAUAAUUCAACAUUCUUUUCUGUAUCGUCUUCGGACUUGGUAAGCAAAUGGCUUGGAGAGUCUGAAAAACUUGUCAGAAGUUUGUUUGAAUUAGCUCGUCAACACAAGCCAAGUAUCAUAUUUAUCGAUGAGGUGGAUUCACUCUGCUCGUCACGUUCCGACAAUGAAUCAGAAUCUGCGAGAAGAAUAAAAACGGAAUUUUUAGUACAAAUGCAAGGUGUCGGAUCAGACAACGACGGUAUACUAGUAUUGGGAGCUACUAAUAUACCAUGGGUAUUAGACCCUGCUAUUAGAAGAAGAUUUGAGAAGAGGAUUUACAUUCCUUUGCCGGAUGAACAAGCACGAGCUGUAAUGUUCAAACUUCAUUUAGGAAAUACUUCUCAUUAUUUAACGGAGGAAGAUUUUAAAAAAUUAGCAGCUGCCACUGAUGGUUACUCUGGCGCUGAUAUAAGUAUUAUUGUGCGAGAUGCUCUUAUGCAGCCAGUUAGACAGGUUCAGACUGCGACACAUUUUAAACGUGUAAGAGGGCCAUCACCAAAAGAUCCUUCUAUCAUUGUGGAUGAUUUGUUGACACCAUGUUCACCAGGAGAUCCAGCCGCUAUUGAAAUGAACUGGAUGGAAGUCGAGGGUGACAAAUUGUACGAACCACCUGUAACUAUGAAAGAUAUGUUGAAAUCAUUAGCAACUACACGUCCUACAGUGAACGAGGAGGAUAUGACUAAAUUAGAGAAAUUUAAAGAAGAUUUUGGUCAAGAAGGUUGAUACUUAAACCUUUUUAAUGAAGUUGCUAUAUACUUCCAAAAGUAUCUUUUUGUUAUACACGCACUUGCCUCGUAUCUUGUUUGAUUUUCGACAUUGCUACAUGUAGUAUUUAUACAAAAAUUUCAAUCACUUUGA